AUGUUAUUCAUAGUUUUGUUUUUGUAAUUGUAGGGCGUUAUCUUCAUCCAUUUUCAGCUUAAUAUACGUAUAUCCUCGUUCAUUUGGGUUUUCUUAUCGUCGACAUACGUGAAAUGCGAAACUUUGACCCUACUAUAUUAGCGUCACAGUAAGCAUAGAUCUCAAAAGGGAUGUGUCGAAUCUCCCUUUGUAAGUGAUUCGCUCUUUGGUUAAACAUAACAACAAGGUUGAACAAGUCCCCCUGCCUGUUUUGGGAAAGAAUGCCCAGCAAAGCCAAGCCUCGGAUUGUUGUUCUCUAUGGGUCUCAAAAAGGUCAAGCACAGUCCAUAGCAGAGGGAAUAGCUGCAGAGGCAGAGGAGCAUGGUCUACUUGCAGAGCUCAGCUGUUUAGAUCAAAAAGAUAAGACCAGGGUGUGCUCUGCUUCUCGCCCAGAGUCAGGCGGGAUAGCCUCCAGCAAAUCCGAGAGUCUCGUGAGAAUAAGUGGUGCUGAAAAUGGAUGGAUGGAUUUAUUUUCUUGCAUCAUGCUGGACAAUUUGGAGAAUGAGAAGUCCCCAGUGGUCUUUGUUGUGUCUACUACUGGAAAUGGGGAGCCACCAGAUAAUGCCCUGCAAUUUGUCAGGCACAUUAAGAUGAAGACCCUCUCCCCCAUUCAUUAUAAACACCUUCACUAUGCACUUUUAGCUUUAGGAAACACCAACUAUGAAAACUUCUGCAACUGUGGCAAAACAAUCGAGCGCCGUCUACAGGAACUCGGAGCCCAAAAAUUCUAUGCAACAGGAUAUGCAGAUGAUGGUGUAGGGUUGGAGUUGGUUGUGGAGCCUUGGCUUGAAGGACUGUGGAAAGCUGUCAAAGGAGCGUUAACAAAUAUGACUUCUAAUUUGAGUAUUAAAGAUGAUUCAGAGAGGACACUUCCGGAUGGAUUGAUACCAGAUGUUCAGAUAGACCUGCUCAGCCUCACUGACCAUCAGUCCCCUGAGUUGGAACCCGAAUGUGCAUCUAUGUGUUCAGCUUCUGCCACACAGGCGGUAUCCCCAUCUGGAGGUGUUGUCAGUUUAACCCCACCAGCACAAGAGACACAAAACAUGCAUCUUGGAGCAUCUAAUGCAACGUCACUAUCACAUUCCGUGUCUCCGCUGUCAGAUGCCUCUCUUAAUGUUCCUGCUCUACCUCCACCUUUCUUAGAAGUGUCUCUUCAGGAAGUUGACACUGUGGAUGAGAUUUCUGGACCGUUAAAAAGUGAAACUCUCAAUGAGGUUCCUAUAUCCCGUGCAGUUCGUUUAACAACAGGCGAAUCAGUCAAGACAGCCAUCUUUCUGGAGCUUGAUAUUUCGGCUUACCCAAUGUUGGCCUACCAACCAGGGGAUUCGUUUGAUGUUUUCUGCCCAAAUAGAGCAUCUGAGGUCAAGCAAUUACUCAAAAGAGUGGGCCUAGAGGAUCAAAAGAAUCAUCAUGUCCACGUUUCUUUACUUAAAAACACAAAGAAAAGAGGUGCUCAGGUGCCCCCCUAUAUCCCUCAGAACAUUUCUUUAUUGUACCUGCUCACAUGGUGUCUAGAGAUAAGAAGUGUUCCUAAGAAGGCCUUUUUGCGAGCACUGGCUGAGCAUACAACAGACAGCAUGCAGAGGAGGAGACUGCUAGAGCUCUGUAGCAAACAAGGCACCGCUGACUACAACCUGCAUGUGAGAGAGUCAAGCCUCAGUCUUUUGGAGCUUCUUGCCGCCUUCCCAUCCUCCCUGCCUCCCCUCAGCCUCUUAGUAGAGCAUCUCCCCAAGCUGCAGCCAAGGCCUUAUUCUGCUGCCAGCUCGUGCCUUCAGCACCCAGGCAAGCUGAAUUUUGUCCUAAACGUCGUGGAGUUCCCAGAAUGCUCAGGUCGUCCUGUGGGAAGGCGAGGCUUGUGUACUGGUUGGCUCUUUGACCUCGUCAACGAUGCCCUUGUCCUUCCAGGGGCGGCUGAAACACAGUGUCACAUGCCCCUACCACGGAUCCAUGUGAGUUUGAGACCCAACUGCUUUUUUCGACAUCCACCUGACUUGUCAGCGCCUCUUAUAAUGGUCGGACCUGGCACCGGUGUUGCACCCUUCAUUGGCUUCCUGCAGCAAAGAGAAAAGCAGAGGCAGCAGAAUCCUGAUGCAGUUUUUGGUGAGACCUGGUUGUUUUUUGGUUGUCGCUACAGAGACAGAGACUACCUGUUCAGAGAAGAGCUGGAGGGCUUUGUGUCUCGUGGUACCUUGGACCACCUCAAGGUGUGUUUCUCCAGAGAUGAACCAAAGGAGGACGACGCUGUUGUCUCAGGAAGACCUCCUAGAUACGUCCAACACAACUUGCUGCUUCACAGCCACAAAAUCAUCAACAUCUGGCUCAAACACAAAGGUUGCCUGUAUGUUUGUGGAGAUGCAAAGAACAUGGCUAAAGACGUGAACGACACCCUGAUGGAGAUGAUCAAGACCGAGCUCCAGGUAGAUCAACUGGAGGCCAUGAAGCAGCUGGCUUGCCUGAGGGAGGAGAAACGCUACUUACAGGAUAUUUGGGGAUGACAUUUAUUUUUUUACAUGAUUCAAAUAGCGUGCUGUAUCCUUUUGAGCUAAAAGAUGGAGGCUGACUAUGCCCUGAAUGGAAUGUUCACUGCAUUGGUUCGGAGAAUGUGUCCACCGUGGUGACCUGAGGAUUUGGCAUCUUGACAUCAUCUUACGCUUUGCUCGUUGAACAGCAGUGACCUGAGCGAGGCCAAUAAUGCUGCUCAUGUGGGUCUCGUGGUGUGAAAAUGCUUUUAUGGGUUGAAAAGCCCUCCAUGAUUGUCCUGCCAGGAAAAGCAUGUAAGUCAGUUUUUGAUGGAGGGAUUUCAUUGAGACUGAAAGUAGGAUAAGGAUCCUCCCUAGAUAAACAAAGUAAUUUACAAAAAAUGUACACACACAAAUAUGAAAGGAUUGUGCGGGGUGUUUUUACUAUUGUGAUAUUGUUUUUUUAUUUUGCAAAGCCCGCUGCCAUCUUAAUACAGCACAUUUGGAAAUAAUCUCUAAAGGACUCACAGCCAUAACUCCACAUUAAAACACUUGAGUUAUGUUUGAUGCUGACUUUGAUUGUGCAUUACAUAUUUUAUCAUGAUACUGUUACCUUUGUAUUGGUUUAUCUUUGGAUCUUUAUCAGUUCAAAACAAAAUAAGACUUGAGGAAAACAAAAACUUUUUAUGAAUGCAGACACAAUCCAAGGCUUGCUUCUUCUUUUGAUCCUGAUACAGUGUAGAAGUUCAGAGUGAGCAUACCGAGGGCACACACAACCAUCAUAAAGCUCAGCCCUGAGGUCUGAAAAUAAUUCAUUCGACUUUGUUUGUUUGGGCCUACCCACAUGCACAAUGCCACUUUAGACCGCUUCAAAUGUUGCCCAAACCCAGCUGCAAUCUUGAACACACACACUGCCUGCCGUAUUGUGUAGUCUGGAAAUAAAAUAAUUUGAAAAUA